AUGCCCGCUCCUGACUACGACGUCUGGCGGCCAAGUAAUGGAGUUUGCAGACACGUCGUAGAGACACGACAUGGUUACGGGGAAGGACACCACCACGAGUUACCGAAGCCUUACUACGUUACGGACGCUUUCGCACUUGUUGGUCCCAGCCCUGUUCAAGAAAAGACGAUGCCUCCUACGAAUGCACAGCUACGUGCCGAGAUUGCCCGACCCAACCAGUUGGUCGCCGAUUGA